AUGUCUGAGAGGUUGUUGUUAACAGCAUUGAAGGGCGGUAGUAACACGAAGAUCAUUACCUUGAAUGGGAAGAAGAUGACAAAGAUGCCCUCGGCACUAGAAAAGCUGCCUGGUCUGAGGACUCUGAACCUUCAAAAUAAUCUCAUCUGCAAAUUAUGCCCAGAGCUAAGAACCUUGACCAAGUUAACAUUGCUUAAUCUGGGAAACAACCUUUUUGAAGAAAUUCCUGAAGAGAUGAAAUACCUUACCUCCCUGAAGAAACUUCAUUUAUUUGGGAACAGGAUAUGUAGUAUUGCUACUGGAGUCUGUGAUGGCUUGCAAGAAUUGAUUCUGCUUAAUCUAAACGACAACCGACUUAAGAGUCUUCCUCCAGAAAUUGGCAGGCUAAGGAAUCUUACCUGCCUAAGCAUCAGUCAUAACCAGCUCACUGAGAUCCCGACAGAGCUUUGCUCCAUUGAGAGUCUUUCUGAACUGCAUCUCAACUACAAUCAGCUCAUGAGCAUCCCUGAAGAGAUUAAGCUCUUGCGGAAUCUUCAGAAGCUUUUUCUGGUCAGGAACAACAUUGAAGUUUUGCCAGAGGGACUUUGUCGUCUUAAAAAACUAAGAGUCCUGGACAUAGCUGGAAAUGUUAUUCAGAUAUUUCCACCAGGCUUUCAGAAUCUAAAGCUGAAGGAAUUCUACUGUGAGGGAAACCCACUCUUCCUGAAGCGUCCAAUCACUGCCACACAACCUAAAGACAUCUGGACUCUACGGGAAAUAGCAGCAAGAUUUGUCCUCGAUCAGUUAGAUGAAAACAAUGAUUUGAUUAUGACUGCCAUAGAGCAUUAUCCAGAGACCAAAGACAAACUCUCCAAGGCAAGACGGUGUGCACUGUGCAGAAAAUUCUUUUUAUCUGAAUGGCUGGAAUGUGUCCAGUUUGUUUCCCCAUCAAAGAACUGGAAGAUAAGCAGAAACCUACAUCUGAUACCUCUGCGGAUAUUACUUUGUUCCUACCAAUGCUUCGACCAGCGUGGUCCUAAUCUCUUUGGAAUUGUUCAAGAGUAG